CAGCAGCAAUUUUGAAAAUUUUCCUUUUUCUCCAAAACUCGUCUGGGCCUCUACUUCUCACCAUCAUCAUUGCUGUCGUAAAAACCAUUUUUAAUUUUUUAGAAAAUUAUUCAAGUUGUAUUAUGGAAUAAUGGUAGUGGCUUAAAUUAAGAUAUAAAUCAAAAGUACAAUACCAUUAACCCACGACGUUAUCAGCGUGCAUGCCGCUGGCUGAGCAGUAUGUGAUUUUUUUUUUUUUUUAUCUGUUAUCGAAAUUGUUUCUAUCAUAAUCGUGAUUGCCGGUGAUAAGGUGAUAAUAUCUACAAUCUAUUAUUUCCACAUUAUCUUCUUUAUAAUAUAAAACAUUUAGUUUUAGUUUUGGUGGAUCAAUCCAUCUUGUAUCUUGUAUACCAAAUUGUAUACUUCAUUGUCUACAUUGAAACUUUUUAAAUAAAUAGUGUAAAACCUAUGUUUUACUUUACAUAAAAGGGGAACAAAUGACGGCAUUAAAUUGGAACACAUUAAGUAUACGUCUUUAGGAGCACACGUCCAAGAAUUAACCUUAAAAUUCAAUAUUUGUUAUUUGUUAUUACUUUAUAUUUUUCAGAAGUUUUAAAAUCUAAAUCUACAAUAAGUACUAUAUUAUUAACUACAUUUUAUUGAGUUUAAAUACAUUUUAAAUAGAUUUUAAUCAAUAACAAUGAAAAAAAAACCCUGGUAAGUACAUGUUUUAUAAAUAUUUAUUGACGAAUCCUUAUUAAACGGUAUACCUUUUUAAGAGAAUAUAAUAUAGAUAUCGAAAAUUUGUUUUCAUAUUAUUUGUUUCCCCUAAUAUGGCUAUGGUAAUUUGACGAGAAAACGCUUAUUAUUAAUGAAUUAUUGUGUAUGCAAAAUUAGCUAAUAGCUGUUCAGAAGGCCAAUUGCAAUAUUUGUAUUAUUUAUUUAAAUAAUCUAAAUGUAAAGAAGUGAACAAAAAAAUGUAGUUUGAAACAAAAUAUAGACAGUAAAGGUAAAAUAUAAAAAUUGACUUCCAUGUAGACAGAUAAACUUCUUUACAAUUUUAUUACUUGUGUUUUCUUGGCGUAACCACUUGAUGUAAGCCAUAUUUGAAAACCAAAAUAAAUAAAUGUUCACUCUAAUAGUUUCGUUACUAUUCUAUUGGUAUAUUGCUCAUAAGAAAGACAAACCAUCUUAUUUAUCAUUACUCCUUGCUCUUCUCUUUACAAUUUAAGUUUUUAUUUAAUUUUGAUUUUAAAAAAUAAUCAGUUAUAAUAAAUGUCAAUAUCACUGGACGACUCUUUAACUAAACGGUUAUCAAGACUUGCAUGAAUAUGGUAUCUACUCAAUAAUAAUAAUAUUAACAUGAUUUUAAGUAUAAGUAAUUUUAAUUAAUACAUUUUAAAUUACUAUGUAUUUUUUAAUUUUACCAAAUAUGUUAAUUAUUAGGAGCCGUAAACAAGCAGAGAGUGAUGAUGAUGACGCUUCUGUAGACUUUGAUGGUGAUGAAUCAGCAAGUGAUUAUGAUGAAAAUGAGAAACUUCUUCUUGAAAAAACACGAAAAGAACUAGCUCAAGGGCCAUAUGACACUGAUGAUGAUAGUGAAGUAAUUAAUUUACAGUGAAACCACUAUACUGUGGACAGUCUCAGGGAAUUAAGAAAUGUCUACUAUUGAGAAAACCUCUACAUAGUAGUCAUUUGUGAGAAAUUAAAAAUGUAGAAUAUAGGGAAACGCUAUAAAAAAAUUUAUAAAGCAUGUACAUACAAAAAAAUUAGUACCUAUUAUUUAUCAAAAGUAUGUAUUUAAAUUGAGUAUUAUUUAUAUACAAUUAAAAAAAUCCAUUUUUUUUUUUUUUUUUUAUUAUUGUUUUUCAAACUUCUUUUCAUGUUGGAUUGUGAAUAGACUCAUAUUCUUAAUUGGGCGACUCAGUUUCUUUUUUAUUACAGUUGACAACAGUGACAUGUCAUUUGGGGAGUGGCAGGGAAGGCAUUUGCCUUCCCCUUGUCAUCAGCGGGCCUCUAUUGAGUCGGGUAUGGGUUAGUUUUGGGCCAUAAGCUUGCAAAUAUAAUUCAUGGUUUAUGUUGCAUAUGGUCUCUUUCAGCUACAGUUUUUCCAGAUUUGUUUGUGAUAAUAAUUGUACACAAUAUUUUUUUUACUGUACUUCUUGUUAACAUUGAUUGCAUUUUAACUGGCAUUACUGGGUUCUCAAUAGAAUCUAUGUAAAUUUUUGGAGAGUGUUUAUUCUUAUUUUAUUUAUUCUAUGAUUAUACAGAUCUAUGGUAACAUGAUAAUAGUUUUUGUAAAUAUAUAUAUAUAUAUAUAUACAUAUUGUACUCCAUACAUAUUGGCACAAAUAGAACAUUUGAGAUAAAAUUCUCCUUAAAUUAAAUCUUCAUAUAGUAGCCAAUAGGUAAUAUAUUUAAGUAUCCCUCUACAUAUAUAUUUAUUAUUUAGUCAUUGUUGUCCCUCAAAAAAAAUGGAUUAUUCAUGCCUAUGAUAGUAAGUAUAAAAUGAGGAUAUUAUGUAAUAAGGAUAUUUGUAUCGAGAAAAAAAUGUGAUAUUAUGACAGAUGAAUUAGCGAGCGUUUUUUUUUUUCAGUUUUAUUAUGGGCCGAUUAAAUCUUAUUUCCCCUCCCCUCAAAAACUGAAAUAUAGCCUCUGAUUGACCAUAGGUAUCCAAUAUUAUUAAUGUAUUAUCUUCUGUAUGAAGAUUGUCAUCUAUAUAAAUAAAAUUCUCAAUUUCAAUAAUACUCUGUACAAUUUCUGAGAAUAUGCUCUAUUUUGCAUGUUUUACAGUAUUGGGCGGAAAAAUCCAGACUUUGUAAAACAGUUUUUAUUCUUUAAUGCCAUUUUUUACUCAUAAAACUUCAUUUAAAACUUUUUGUAGAUUUGUUUUCUCAUUUUGAUCAAUCAACUGUAGAUAAAAUAUUACGAAGUAAUCUUUGAUGAUAAUGAACUUCAAAAUUUUGAAUUAUUUAGAAAUUGUAACCCCUAUUAUAUACAUAUGUUAUUAUUGUGGAUUUUAAAAGUGUCUAUCAUUGAGAGGUUUCACUGUAUUAUACUAUUUCUUAAAAAUAAAUUAAAUACAUUAAUGGUAAAAAAGAAAUAAAUAAAUUUAAAUCUAUUUAUUCAAUAUUUUUAUUUAUCUAAUGAUGUAUCAAAAAAAGUAUUAUUAUAUUUACUUAUAACCAUUUUAAUUUAUGUAGGACGAAGUAUUUCCACUAUAUAAUAAAUUAGAUAAAUAUGAAGACAGUGAAGAAGACAAUGAUGACGAUGAAGAACUUGAAAAUCAACCUCAAUCUGAUGAUGAUGAUGAUGAUGAUGGACGUCAUAUCAGUGAUAGCGAUAUAGAAGGCGCAGAAAGUGGUUCGGAUGAUUUACCCAAUGACAAAGCUUGGGGUAAACUACGAAAAUCGUUUUACCACACAGAUUAUUUAGACAAAGAUCAUGGAGGUAAAAUUAAUAAUAAUUUAUUAUCUUGUUACAUUUUAAAUACACAUAUGUUAAAAAACAUAAUAUAAAUGUGUGUUUAAUGUUUUGUUAAGGUUUUGAGGGUGAAGAGGAUGAAGAAACAGCUAAAAUGGAAGAAGAAGAAGCGCGUAAAAUCCAUCAAAGAAUGAUGGCUGAAUUGGAAAAUGUUGACCUUGACAAUGAACUAUUUAUUGUAAUUAUUAAUAAAUGUUAAGAUACAUUUAAUCUGUUUAAUAUAUGUAUACAACCCCUUAAUUUAGGAGACAAAAGAACCAGAAAAGGGAAAAGAAGGAUCUAGCGAUAAAAAUAUAACAGAUAUGACGAUUGUUGAAAAAGAUUUAACUACUAUGAGUGAUCGUGAAAAACGAAAAUUAUUAAUGAAAGAAGCACCAGAACUUUUUGGACUCAUCUCAGAUUUUACAAGUAAUUAGUUUGUAAAAGUGUUUUUUAAAUAAUUUAUUUUAAUUUAAUGAUUUUUAUAUUCAAGCCUAUAUGAACUGUUUGCAAAAAGAACUAUCCCCAAUUUUGAAGUUAGUUAAAUCUGAUGAUUUACCGAAGUGUCCAUUUACAGAAUAUGUACAGUUCUAUUAUGAAAUAAUAAUGAAGUAACUCAAAUAUACAUAUUAAUAAUUAUUGAAAAAGUUAAUAUUUACAAAUUCAUUUUUAUUUAUUAUAAUAGUUAUUGUACCAAUAUUGGAUUUUACUUUUUGAUGAAGUCUCUUCGUAAACCUGUCCAAAACCACCCAAUAAUGAACUGUUUACUUCGAUACCGUGAAAUGUUAUGUAAACAAAGUAGCAUUUAUGAAAAAAUAAUAUUACCACAGAUAAAUGAAAUUUUAUCAACUAUACAUUUAGUAGAGUAAGACUUGUUUUAUUGUUAUUUAUUGUAAUUUAAAUAUUAGGUUACAAUAUUGAAUAUAUUGAUUGUAAAUUGUUUUAGGUCUAAAGCAAAUAAAGCAACUAAAAACAAAACUAAAAAAUUACUGAACAUUUUAACAAAACCAAUAGGGACAAUUGCUAAAACAGUCAAACCUGAUGAAAAUAAUUUAGAAAAUAUAAAUGAUAAUGAACUUGAAAAUAGUGAUGAUGAAGAUUUACCAGAAGUUACAGGUAAACCAUUGUUACCUAGUUAAAUAUAAUUUUUGAUAAAUAACUAAAUGUAUUUGUUCCCUAGAUGAACCAAUGAUGGACAGCAAUAAAAAACGACCUAUAACAUAUCAAAUCUCCAAAAAUAAAGGACUUACACCUCGGCGUAAGAAAGAACUUAGAAAUCCCAGAGUAAAGAACCGUAUGAAGUAUCGUAAAGCUAAAAUCCGUAGGAAAGGACAGGUUAAAUUUUUAGUUUUAAAUAUUUAGUAGUUCUUUUAUUAAUAUAUUCAAUAUUCAUAACUUAUGUAUUUAUUUUUAGAUUCGUGAACCACGCACAGAAAUUCGUCGUUAUGAUGGUGAAAUAUCUGGCAUUAAAGUUAAUCUAUCCAAGAGCAUAAAAAUUAAAGCCUAAUUAUUAAAUUUAUGUUAAAGUUGUUGGUAUAAUCGAUUCAUUACAAGUUAAUAUUCAUUUUGUAAG